GUUUCAAUCUCUUUCUCUCUCUUUCUGCAUCCAUUCCUCAAAAGUAGAGAGCAAAAAAAAAACACUAAUCCCACUCCAAAAACACUUUCAGAGAGAGAGAGAAUCCAAAAGCGAACUAUCUUCGAUGAACAAAGCUGUGCCCGUGAAAGGGGAAAACAAAUAAUGUCUCAAAUUUUCUGAUUUUUUUUCUCUCUUCUGUGUUCAGCUCUCGCCAGAUCGGCUUUGCGUGCUGCUUGUUUUUCACGAUUCUGUGUUCGAGCUUAAAUGUUGAAGUUCUUCAUGGAUUUUUGAACUGGGUUUCGAGUUCUUGAGUUCUCGCGGAGUUUUUUGGGGUUUAGAUUUUGUUUCCCAACUGGGGUUUUGGUGAUUCUGUGGUUUUUGGGUUUGUUUGUGAGUUUUACCAUUUGGAUCUGAUGUUGAUGAUCACUUAAUCAAGAUGGAGCACUACAAGGUUUUGGUCUCUUUGAUCUUGCUGCUUCGUUCACUAUGGCUUGUUUCUGCUAACAUGGAAGGUGAUGCUUUGCAUAGCCUAAGAACCAGCUUGCAGGAUCCUAACAAUGUCUUGCAGAGUUGGGAUCCCACUCUUGUCAAUCCCUGUACAUGGUUUCAUGUUACUUGCAACAAUGAUAAUAGUGUCAUACGAGUUGAUCUUGGAAACGCAGCUUUAUCGGGCACACUUGUUCCACAGCUUGGCUUGCUAAAAAAUUUGCAGUAUCUAGAGCUCUACAGUAACAACAUAAGUGGAGUAAUCCCAAGUGAUCUGGGAAAUCUGACUAGUUUGGUGAGCUUAGAUCUUUAUUUGAACAGAUUUUCGGGUCCAAUUCCCGACACGUUAGGCAAGCUGUCAAAACUACGAUUCCUCCGGCUGAACAACAACAGCUUAUCAGGUCCUAUUCCUAUGUCAUUGACUAAUAUCUCAUCCCUUCAAGUGUUGGAUCUAUCGAAUAACCAUCUCUCGGGCGUGGUUCCAGAUAACGGUUCCUUCUCCUUGUUCACCCCCAUCAGUUUUGCCAACAACUUGGAUCUUUGUGGCCCUGUUACCGGACGUCCUUGCCCGGGAUCACCUCCGUUUUCUCCUCCUCCACCCUUUGUCCCGCCACCUCCUAUAUCUUCACCAGGUGGGAACAGUGCAACCGGAGCGAUUGCUGGUGGCGUUGCUGCAGGCGCUGCAUUACUUUUUGCAGCUCCAGCAAUCGCAUUUGCGUGGUGGCGUCGUAGGAAACCCCAAGAAGUUUUCUUCGACGUUCCUGCCGAAGAGGAUCCGGAAGUGCAUCUGGGACAGCUUAAAAGAUUUUCACUGAGAGAGCUACAAGUAGCUACUGAUAGUUUUAGUAACAAGAACAUACUUGGUCGGGGUGGAUUUGGUAAGGUCUACAAAGGUCGAUUGGCAGACGGUUCGUUAGUCGCCGUAAAAAGACUCAAGGAAGAACGUACGCCUGGUGGAGAGCUGCAGUUUCAAACAGAAGUAGAGAUGAUCAGCAUGGCUGUACAUCGGAACCUGCUACGACUACGUGGAUUUUGCAUGACGCCAACCGAACGACUUCUUGUUUAUCCGUACAUGGCCAAUGGAAGUGUUGCGUCUUGCUUAAGAGAACGACCACCAUCCCAACCACCUCUUGAUUGGAGAACGAGAAAGCGAAUAGCAUUGGGAUCAGCAAGAGGGUUGUCUUAUUUACACGAUCACUGUGAUCCAAAGAUCAUUCACCGUGACGUAAAAGCUGCAAAUAUUUUGCUAGAUGAGGAGUUCGAAGCUGUCGUAGGUGACUUCGGGCUGGCCAAACUCAUGGAUUACAAAGAUACUCAUGUCACCACCGCGGUACGUGGUACAAUUGGACAUAUAGCUCCCGAGUAUCUUUCCACUGGUAAGUCCUCUGAGAAAACAGAUGUUUUCGGGUACGGUAUCAUGCUUCUAGAGCUUAUCACUGGUCAAAGAGCUUUCGAUUUGGCUCGACUCGCCAAUGACGAUGAUGUCAUGCUACUCGAUUGGGUGAAAGGACUCCUGAAAGAGAAGAAGCUAGAAAUGCUGGUUGACCCUGACCUUCAGAAUAACUAUGUCGAAUCCGAGGUCGAACAGUUGAUUCAAGUAGCGCUACUCUGCACACAAGGCUCCCCGAUGGACCGACCGAAGAUGUCGGAGGUGGUUCGAAUGCUGGAAGGAGACGGGUUGGCAGAAAGAUGGGAUGAGUGGCAAAAGGUGGAGAUUCUUCGACAAGAAAUCGACCUAUCGCCCCAUCCGAAUUCGGAUUGGAUUGUGGAUUCAACUGAAAAUCUACAUGCAGUCGAGCUUUCUGGUCCGAGAUGA